ACUGUAAGUCUAUUUGUAAGGUAUUUAAAUAUACAAUAAUUAUUAUUCAGACAUGACAGGUUUUGAACCAUGCAGUAUUAUAAAAGCUCUAUCCAAAGUUGGAGAAGCAACAUUCUAAUAAACCAGCUAUGAGACUAGAAAAAGAGCCAACUACAUGAACCCCAAAUGUAUAGUUCAUUUUCAGAUGAACUAGUGUGUAACACAACUGAUGAGGAACAAGAUGACCUACCAUAUGAUGGAGACGUGGGAGUAAGCUCUGAACACAAUCAUAAUUCAGAUUAUUUAAAUGACUGCCCUCCUACAAAAGCCAUGCCUGGUAUUUUAAACUCAGUGUGUUCUGAAGAUAACAGAAACAUAAAAGCAUGUUAUGAAACUCAUCCACAAGCUGAAGAAUUCUCCAAGCACCGCAGAGGUGGCAUAGGAACAGCAGGAAGUUCAGCUGCAAAGCUUGGAAAUGAAGCAACCUUUAAGAAGGGAUUACUUGCUGGUAGUUCUAGUAAACCAGCUAACAGAGACCAUCUAACUCACUCCAAAAUACCCAAUGUCCUUUUGCGUCACUUUUCCAAGGAGUUAACACACACAUGUCAGUUAAUUGAAUGUGAGACAAUACCAGAGACGUCCUUUAGUGAAAGCAUCGAUGACAUUGUGACCAAACCUGAGCCUUCACAACGUGUCAAAAGCCCUUUAACACCUGAGCAUUGUGCAACUAGCUUGGAAGACAGUAACUCAGAAAAGCACAAGGAAGUAAACGUCGGUGAUAAAAAUCAGAAUUCAGUGUCUGAAAAUAGAUGUGCUUCAAAGAAACCGAAUUCAUCUACUGCUCAGUGUGGGUUCAGACAAGAAAAGUCAGAGUUAAUUGGUAAGAAUGAAGAUACACGCAUCUUCCAACACAUGCAAGUAAAGAGUGCCCCAUUUAACACAACAGUUUCAUUUCACGAGCUCCAAUACAGCCAAGGUCAAGCUCACUGUUCCCUUCUCGACUUCUCUGAAGUUGCUCCAGAAGUACCAAAACCAAGUGGUAGAAUUAACUCAGUCCCCACAACUGAAAGAACAAAACCCUUCCCUAUUUUGCCAAGUAAACCACUAACUGCAAUCAACUUUCUAGAAAACAAGAACUAUUCGAAUUCUGCUGAGGCAGAGAACAAAGAAAUGAGCAUUCCAGAACUGCUGCAACAGCUGGAGAUGCUGACACAUCAUGCUGACACCCAGAAUCACAGUGGCCAUCUCGGAUGGAAUCCAAAGAACCUUCCUCAGCCAGAUUUUCCAGAUGCCAGCACCACCAUUUACUCUGGAGGCACCAAGACAUCCUCUGAAGUCUUUACAUUACAUGCUCCUACCCCUGUACACUCUACACAUGGUUUGUCUAAAGCAAGCUUACAGUGUAGAACAGCAACAGCAUCACCAGCAGCUGGUACACUACAAGCACAAUGUCUAGACCCUUCCAAUUUACUGCCAGAACUAACACUAGGAGAAAAGAUGUCUCAAAUACUAAAGGAUCAGACAGAUCAACUGACAAAAGAAGUGGAGAACUUCUCUCAGCAUAUGACCCAAGACACAUUCCUUUCACAAGACAACUAUCUGGUAUUAAAUCAAUUGAAAAGAUACCUUGAUGUCUUGGAAAGGAAUUACCUAACGGCUAGAGAACACCAUUCACAGCUGCAGAACUACAAGGACCAAUCUAUCAACGCUGGAGAGUUUGAUCCUGAAAGAAAGGUGGAAGGGGAAAUAUUUAGACUUGGCACGCUGCUUGAAGACCUCCAAGAGCAAACUGAUGAUAGCAACUGCGACUUGUCAUCUUUGCCGGCUUCCUAUGAAUCUGCCCAUUCAUCAUACUCUCACUGUGAGAGCUCAGCAGAUUCAAGCAUUGCUGACCCUCUGGAAAGAAGAGGUAUUGAAACUGCAUUUCUUCACAAGAACGAUGCAGAAGAAAACUAUCCAUCAGCUGAUGUAAUCUCACAGACAAAUCAAUUUGCUUUAGAAUGUGAGAAGUGCAAUCUUGGUCUUCACCUGUUACAAAAGAGAGCUGGGUCAACAGACAGAAGAGACACCCAGCCCCUGGGAAAAGGAGGUCUGCUAGCAAACAAGCAUUCUGACAUCACAAUGGUGCAACAGAGAUCCCUUUCACCUGAGGAAAAAUAUGCUGCUGGAGGUCUUGCAUCCCACAGCCUGGGUGCACUAAGUGAAAAAUUAAAUGCUGAUGAAGAAAGUAUGAAAGGAAAUGUAAACAUCCAGGAAAGGAAAACUGGAACAUGUUCACACUUCGUUCAGAGAAAACCAACUGAUUUAUCAGACACCAACCUGAGCAGUGAUUCAGAAGACAUCUCAGCCUGUGAUUCUUAUGGUGAUUCACAAAGCAAGGAACUUGUGAACCUCAAGAAUGAAAGUUAUAAAAGAUUCAAUACAAAAUUAAAUGGAGAAAGAAAAGGACUUAGAUGCCCUAGAGGAAGCAGAGAUCAAUGUAAAUUCAGGAAUUACAAAGAGUCUGAUGAGUCUUGUGCCCUAUGCAGAAAUAAAAGGUCUGGUUCCUCCUCUUGUUCACUGAAGGGAAUCUUCACUCAAAAGACUCAAAAAAAUAAGACAUCAUGUGACCUUCUAAACAGACUUUCUGGAAGGCAAAACCUGGAGGCUUCCAAAACCUGCUAUUCAAGCAAAUAUGAUGAAAUUAUCCCUUCCCGUCAGUAUUUGCCCACCAAGGAGUCUGUCCAGAGAAGAUCUGCAAUCAACACCAGAAACAGAAAUGCUAGUGAUUCUAACACAAAGAUUCUAAGUUCCACUCUGGAUCAUGCCAUACAGACUGCAAACAGUUUGAAGAAAGCUACUGAACAAAUGGUUCGAGCAGUUUCAGAAGACUUAGCCAAAGUUAAAAGGAAACAGCUUUAAUCACUCUGUUUCAAUUGCCACGUUGUUUUGGUGCUUAAGCCCACAGGGAAACAGCUUUUGCACCCAAGACAUUUAUCAUGCUAGCAUACUAAGUCACAGUGAAUAUCUAAUUAUUUUGUUUUGAGAGUGCCCUACAUUAAGAGUUGCUUGUUUUUUUCAGAUACUGCCAUGCAUGUCUCAGCAGCUGAGUAAUACAUUCUGUUGUCUAUGCACUCCUAACAAUUAAACUGUUGCUUCAGUGGGGUGUCCUUACCUUGUAAUUACUGCUUCAGCUUGUCUCUCAGAAAGUCUGUUUAGAAGUUCACAUUACCUUCUUUUACUUUUUGAACCAUCAAAAGUAGUAAUACACCUUUGUACAUUACCAUUUAUGUAAUGUGUACUGUGCAUUACAUGCAAAGUAUUACACGUAGAGGGGACACAACACUGUCCCUUUUUUGAUCAUGGUAAAACAAUUCUUGAUCUAGUCAAAAGUAGCCAAGAAGAAAUCUGGAAAAAUAAACCUCUGUACAAGAUUUCCCCAACCACAAACUCCUCCAAGAAACCAGGAGAUGGUUUGGGCCACAUCUUACUGUCAGAUUUCUUGUCUUUAAGCAUCUCUCUUUUAAUCUAACUUUACAAUAAUGUCUGACUUUCCCUUCUGGAAAAACUGGGUAAUGGACUCCAAAACUGGAAAGCCUGAAAGGUUUUGUAUUUAUCAGCUAUCAGAUAUUGAACUUAUGACAACACUUAAGCCUAAAGCACAUCACUUGGAGAAAAUCCAACUGAUGAAUAUGCAAAAUUAAUCCAACAUUUCAAGCUGGCAUUUCUUUAACUCUAGGCAACAAAUAAACAUCAAGAAAAGGGAUCUGAUGUACUACUGAAAUAAAUUAUUUUAGUCCUCAAGAAGUA